GUUUUGUUUCAUCAGAGGUGUGGGGGGUGUUUCAUGUGUCAAGCUCAUUUUCUGCCUCAGAUUCAGAAACAGGAACACAAAGGAGUCGCUGCUUUGCUGCUGUUUCAUCGAUCCAUUCAUCCUUCCAGAGAACAGUGAGGAUGGACCUGCUGCAGGACCACUGGAGCUUUGUUCAGCUCCUCUCAGGACCAGGUCGGGGAGCAUUUGUCUCUGUAGAGACUCCCAGGCUCCCCUGACACCUCCUGCACCUCUGCUGGGGGAGCCCGAGGUGCUGCCGAGCAAGCGCUUCAGCGUUUCCUGGGUCCUCCCCUUGACCCCCCUCUUAGUGGAAGGUGCCUGGAACAUCUCCCAAAGUGAUACUGCUGAUGUCAUCGUGGUGCGUUCAGGGUCUCCGUGUCAACGUGUUUCCCAGGAAGCCUCUAUUUAAGCUCGGCACGCUCCAGCAGGUGGUCUGCCAGGUUCAGGAGUGUUCAGCAGUACCUGACAUUUCCUGGUUUACCGUAAACGACCGUCCUCUGUUGGCGUCCACCGCCACCAACAGGACCCACUCUGUUCUGACUUUUAACUCUGUGACAAUACAAGACGAGGGACAGAUGGCAUGUAAAGUCACGUGUGCAGGACAACGGGCAGAGAUCCGGACCUCUGUCUCAGUUUACUCCUUUCCUUCAGACCCUGUAAUCACAGGUCAUGACCACCUGAGAGAUAACGUGGAGACGUCCCUCACCUGCCAGGUCCCACACCUCUACCCUGCUGAAGAUGUUGAUUUCACCUGGCUUAAAGGAAACACAGUUCUGAAUAGCACUAACACACAGUCAGGGUCUAGCUCAGUGACUUACACGCCUCAGAAAAAGGACUCUGGGGGGAACCUCACCUGCCGGGUGAUGCUCAAGCUUCAAGGUCUGCCAUCUGAGAAGAGGACGAGAGAGACCACAGUCCAUAUAAACGUCCUCUAUGCUCCGGUCUUCAGGAAUGUAUCCGGCCCCAUGGAAGUGAUGGCGGGCUCUCCGCUGACUCUCAGCUGUUCCGCAGAGGGAAACCCGGAGCCAACCAUCACCUGGACAGUAGGUGGUAGGUUUCUACAUUCUGCUCCUGCUGGUCUGUUUGUCCUGUCGGCUGUCGAACUUUCUGAUGCUGGACGAUACGAGUGUAAAGCCAUAAACUCAGAGGGAAACCAAACUGCAGCUGUAGACGUCAGUGUUCUUGCUCCGCCUACCAUGACCUUCCUGUUGGUGAAUCCAGGUGAGGAGGUGGUGGAAGGUCAGCAGGUGAAUUUUACUUGUGGCUCCGAGGGAGCUCCACCUCCUACACUGGUUCUGAAGAGGAAGGGGGAGGAGCUUCACAGGACUGAGUCCGCCUCCGUAUGCAUGUUCAGCCUCCCUUUUGCUGUACUGGAGGACUCUGCCCUCUAUGAGUGUGAAGCCUCCAAUCAGUAUGGCUCCCAGCAUACCUCCAGGUUCAUCACUGUCAGAGCCCACCCUCUACAGGUGGAGGCCAGCCCUCAGGUCUCAGCGGAGCGGGGCUCAGCACUUACGCUGACUUGUAGGGCCUCAGGGUGCCUGCACCCCCCCACUCUCAGUUGGAGAAGGACAGACCGGAACCGAACCCUCCUCCAGAAGAAGAAGCAGCGGGAUGGGCGGUCCCAGCUUCACCUGUGGAACCUGGACCUUCAGCAUCAGGGAGGGUACAGCUGUGAGGCCGAGUGUGACUCCGUCAUUAGGACCAGGGAGAUCCACGUCCAGGUGUACUCAUUCCCCUCUGAUCCUGUUCUGGAGGAUCCUGGUCCCGUCCUGCUUGGCCAGGAAACUGAAUAUCACUGCAAUGUCUUCAACAUUUUCUCAGCCAAUCAGCUGAGGUUCUCCUGGCUUUCAGGAAAUGAAACCCUAAUGAUGGAGAUGUACAAGUCCUCUGGUUCCCUGCAGAACAUCUCAUCAGUCCUAAAGCACCAGGUUGAGACGGUGCAGCAGGUCCUGACCUGUAGGGUGGAGCUGCUGACAGUGGACAGAGACGUUUGGAAAUCCAGAAGGACUAGCAUCCCUCUGCAGAUCCACUAUCCUCCCAGGUUGCCCUCCUUGUCCAUCAGUCCAGGUGAUGAGGUGCUAGAGGGUCAGCAGGUGACGUUUACCUGCCGUUCAGAUGGAGUUCCGCCACCCGCAGUAAUGUUGAGGAGAAAUGGGGAGGAGCUUCUGAGGAGUGACUCUGAUUCCUCCUCCUCUAUCACUCUCAGCAUCUCCUCCGCCCUUCUAGAAGAGUCGGGCCUCUACCAGUGUGAGGCCUCGAACCAGUAUGGCUCCCAGUUUGUCUCCAGCUCUGUCACAGUCAAAGCUCCCCCGAGGAACACCACCGUCCUCAUCCUUCCCUCUGCAGAAGUCAAGGAGGGACAAAAUGUGACUGUCUGCUGCCAAACAAUCAGCUUCCCACCAUCAGCUGUGAUCCUGAGGAAGCUAAACAACGGAACCGAGCUGUAUUCAACCAAUGGCACCUUCCUAUUGGUCAACGUCACAUCCAGAGACUCUGGGUUGUAUCAGGUUAACGUGAGCAACGAUCUUGGUUCUGAGAUCAAAGUCUUCAGCAUCAGAGUCAGAGCAGAGGUCAGAACCGGAGUUCAUCCAGGUUUCAGUAUCAUCCUCAUCUCAGCCGCCUGCAUUGCUGCCGGGCUCACGGCUUUUGCUUUGGUCCUCGACUACAUGAGGAGAUCCAGGAAGAAAGGUUUUUAUCAGCUGGCCCAGUCCGCCCCGCCUUCAGCAUGAAGCCAACACACUCGUUACUGAGGCCCCUAAGCUCCGAAAUAUGUCUUUCCUUCAGUGCUGAUGUGAUUUUGUCACAUCAGAACAUUUUGCUCCUAAAUGUCAAAGGGUGGCAAUCAUGUCCUUGAGACGGGAUACCUGACUUCAGGAAGAUGGCUUUUAAAGUAGGGCUUUAAUGCACUGAAAUGUGGCUUUAGUGUUGCUGUAAGAGGUUCACUGCACAGGGAAAGUCUUGAAGUAAUGUUAAAUCUUUCCCCAAAUCUGAUGCUUUCAGUUUAAAAACACAGCUUUUUUUUUUUAUAUAAUGGCUAACGUGGAUCAGGUGGCCAAAAUAUCACACAUGUCCCAGCUCCCUCUGGUUGUGGUGCUCCUUAGAUUCAAGCUCUGACUCCAGCAUUCACAACAAGAUUUAAAAUAUCUCUUUUCCCAGCAUACAGUGCUGUAACACCACA